AUGGCUACACAAAGAUUUUGUUUGCGUUGGAACAAUCACCAGACUAACAUGUUGUCGGUGUUCGAUCAGCUCCUCCACGCUGAGACCUUCACUGACGUCACGCUGGCUGUUGAAGGCCAGUUGCUUAAAGCUCAUAAAAUGGUUCUAUCGGCUUGCAGUCCGUACUUUCAAGCCCUGUUUGUCAAUCACCAAGAGAAACAUCCAAUCGUUAUACUUAAAGACGUACCUUACUCGGACAUGAAGAGCUUGUUAGAUUUCAUGUACCGGGGUGAAGUGAGCGUCGACCAGGAACGUCUGACGGCGUUUCUGAAAGUAGCCGAGAGUUUAAGGAUCAAGGGGCUGACAGAGGUCAAUGAGGAGAAAUGCGAUAUACCCGCCCUGACGAACUCUUUGAUACAACAGCAACAGGGCAACACCGCUCACACUCCGCCACCGCAAUUACACAGAAUACACCCGUACAUGCACCAAAAGAGGCCUGCGUCUGGCAUACCCAGCGGAGGAGCGCCUCCUAAUCUACUGAUGCCUUUAUUGGGCAAUGCGUUGAUGCAACCGAAGCGAAAACGAGGCCGACCAAGGAAACUGAGUGGGAGUUCCAGCGAUGCCCUCAACACCGCCGCGAGUCCUCCGGGAGAAUUCAUCCCUGAGUCAGCAUCGCACACGUCGUCAAACAGAGCCGGGGACCAACUGAUACGUGGCUCGCCGGAAAUGUUGGAGGUCAAAAUGUCCAUGGAUAGUUUUAACGCGGAAGACGGAGUCACCUCUGGGGGCGAGGAUGCUGGGGAAGCGCUCAUGAUAGACGAAGGAGACGACGCACAGUCCAACGAGGCUCCCCAGUCCGGCAAAGACUCAGAAUCAGCAGAUAAUGAUAAACAGCCCAAAGAGGAAACUCAUCAAAAUUUUCCAUCAAACGGUCCGAUAUUGUCAAUCGAGAAUGGAGCCAUUAAACAGGAACCAGCCUGUGAACAGAAUGACGAAUACAAUGAGCACAUCGAAUACAAAUACAAUCCUGACCGAAGCCGCGAGAACUCCAACUCCCAGGACGGCCCCGUCAAGGACGUCGAAGACAAGAUAAGACUAGGUCGUAAUUUAAAGCCAAAGAAUAGUAAAAAAUUACAACCCCAAAUGUCUAAGUUUAGAGCACGCACGCUGUUCAACCAGCUCUCUGGCCUCUCUAAUUUAAAUCCAGCACUGAACAGCUUCGAUAAGUUUCCGCCAGAAACCGUUCUCAUGCCGGCUCUCGCCACACAGCUGUUCGCAGCCGAAUUGGAACAGAACAACUUGAACAUGGUCAACAGCGAAGUGUCCGAUCUGGGGCAGACGAAUUGGGAACAACGCAUAUUCCCUUCGCCCAUCAGGAAAAAUAACAUGGCAAACGUCGGCAACUACCACGAGGAGACGAAUGAGUCUGUCAGGGAUUACUGCAUCAAAGAAGGCGAGAAUGUAUUCAGGUGCAAGAUAUGCGCCAGAGUUUAUACACACAUCAGCAAUUUCUGCAGGCAUUACGUCACCUCACACAAGAAAGACGUGAAGGUCUUCCCGUGUCCGAUAUGUUUCAAGGAGUUCACUCGCAAGGACAACAUGAUCGCUCAUCUGAAGAUCAUACACAAGAACCAGGCCAACGCCAACGAACAGACCGCUAAGCAAGAGUCUUAA